GGCAGCUAUGCCGCGCGGUGCAGAAAACGGGCUGGACGCGUCCGCUUGGAACAACGGCCGGUGUAUCGGAGGACUGACCCGGGGUCUGCGGGACUGAAAGGCUGCUGACAGGCGUCAACAGCUAAUUUUGCCGGGGGAUAACCUCCUGAAUCCGCGGAGAAAGCUGCCGACUCCGCUCCUCCCGCUUCCCCUUUCUCUCUCCUGCUUGAGAGACACCGACACAUCAGCUAUGUUGCUGCUAAACGUGUAGGAUUUAUUCCCGUCGUCCGCGAGUGAACCGACUGUAAAUAAAAGCGAACAGAGACAGAACGCGACAGCAGCGGGUCCACUAUGGUUUUACUGGCGCUCCGCAACAGGAGAUGUCUACACAGCUGCUGUAUGGGGACGCUGUGUUUGCAGUUGGUGCUGUGGAUUGUAUGUGCCGUGAACGGAGAGGAGCAGCCGUUCAGUGUGGAGGCAUGGCUCCAGAGGUAUGGCUACCUCCCUGCUGCAGACCCCAGAAUGUCAGUGCUGCGUUCUGCCCGAGUCAUGCAGUCCGCUAUCGCUGCCAUGCAGCGCCGCUACGGCCUCAAUGUCACAGGGACUCUGGACAGCAACACUAUAGACGAUAACACAAUAAGGUGGAUGAAGAAACCCAGAUGUGGGGUUCCUGACCAGAUAGGGGGUGCGUCCAAAUUCAGUGUGAGGAAACGGCGGUACGCCCUCACAGGGCAGAAGUGGCAGCACAAACAUAUCACAUACAGUAUAAAGAACGUGACGCCCAAGGUGGGUGCUGAGGAGACCCAUGAUGCCAUUCGACGAGCCUUUGACGUUUGGCAAAACGUGACGCCACUGCGCUUUGAGGCUGUGCCCUACAGUGAGUUGGAGAGGACCAAGAAAGACGUGGACAUCACCAUCAUCUUUGCUUCAGGUUUCCAUGGUGACAGCUCGCCCUUUGAUGGCGAGGGUGGCUUCCUGGCUCACGCGUACUUCCCAGGGCCAGGAAUCGGAGGUGACACACACUUUGACUCAGAUGAGCCAUGGACGCUGGGAAACCCCAACCAUGACGGUAACGAUUUGUUUCUGGUGGCAGUCCACGAGCUCGGCCACGCUCUGGGCCUCGAGCACUCCAACGAUCCCACGGCCAUCAUGGCUCCAUUCUACCAGUACAUGGACACUGACAACUUUAAACUUCCCAUGGACGACCUGCUGGGCAUCCAGAAGAUUUAUGGGCCUCCUGAUAAGAUUCCCCAGCCCACUAAGCCUUUGCCGACAGCACCCCCUCCUCGCUCCCAUCCUCCUUCAGAUCCCCGUAAACCAGACAGGCAGACGCGACCUCCGAGGCUGCCCCCAGGGGACAGACCGUCCCACCCCAACGCUAAACCCAACAUCUGUGAUGGAGGCUUCAACACCCUGGCCAUACUGAGGAGAGAGAUGUUCGUCUUCAAGGAUCACUGGUUUUGGCGGGUGAGAGAUAACUCGGUCAUGCCGGGAUACCCCAUGCUCAUCAGUGUUUUCUGGAGAGGCCUGCCACCCAAGAUAGACGCCGUCUACGAGAACAGUGAGGGCAAGUUUGUCUUCUUCAAAGGAAAGCAGUUCUGGGUGUUUAAGGACACAGUGUUGCAGUCUGGAUACCCCAAGGACAUCACCCAGUUCGGCCAUGGCAUGCCAGCGCAGAGCAUCGAGACCGCUGUGUGGUGGGAGGAUGUGGCCAAGACCUACUUCUUUAAAGGGGACAGGUACUGGCGCUACAAUGAGGAUAUGAGAACCAUGGACCCUGGCUAUCCUAAGCCUAUCACAGUGUGGAGAGGUGUGCCUGACUCGCCACAGGGGGCCUUCGUCGACAAAGCCAAUGGUUUCACCUAUUUCUACAAGGGGAAGGAGUACUGGAAGUUCAACAACCAGUUCCUCCGGGUUGAGCCGGGCUACCCGCGCUCCAUCCUCAAGGACUUCAUGGGCUGUGAGCUGACGCCCAUUGACCCAGCCCGCCCACCAGCCGACGACGGCAACACAGACGUGGUGAUCGAGCUGGACAACGAGGCCAACACGGUGAAGGCCGUCGCCAUUGUCAUCCCCUGUGUGCUCGCACUGUGCCUACUGGUGCUGGUCUACACUGUGGUGCAGUUCAAGAGGAAGGGUACGCCACGCCACAUACUGUACUGUAAACGUUCCAUGCAGGAGUGGGUCUGAAACAUCGGAAAGAGACGAGAGUGUGGGAGGAGAGACUGGUGAAAACAGGAUGACGGCCCACACUUUCACAGAGAGGAGGACAGUGGACUUUGGACAUCUUUAGUACAACACACAGCCACACGUCCUCCGUUUGGGUGAUCUGAUAGCUUUGUUCAGACCUGCAGAAACAGCCAGACAGCCUGUCGGCAGCCCUCAGACCUAAAGCUGACUCCAAUAACCCCCGGCCUUUUUAACAAAUUGGGGGGCAGAAGGACAGUUUGAGGGGGAUCUUUGCCUGAAAUGACCUUCAGUCCCAGUCAAAGAAAAAAAAAAGAAACAGGAGGGUCGGCAUCACUUUGUAUCUCAGACACAUGACUUCCUGUCCCCUUCCUUUUUUCUUCUAUGCUCGACUGCUCUUAAUCAGAGUGAGGACUUUCAGGGGGACACGCUCUCUUCCCACAGGGCACUGCAUUUCAUCUGUCAUAUCAGGUUGUUGAUUAAACAACAGUUUUCUAUUCUCUGAUCUUGGUGCCCCCACUUCAUUCUGCACUCAAAAGAUAAAGUCUCAGAUAAACCACCUAAUUACAUUACCAGUCUUCAAUCCUGAUUCUUUUAGUUUUUUCGUUUUUUUAAAAUGUCAAAAUUUUUAUUGUAUUCUUUAGAGAAAGGAGGUCCUCACUGUUCCCUUUAACACACUCCUGAGGAAGAGACCAAACGAAACCAAAUAAAAUCUAUUUCUCUCCAAAGAGGAUCACAUUUUAUUUUCUUUCUUUUUGUUCUCAUUUCUGUUCAUCCUUCCUUCCCUUCUCUGGAUCUUUGCAGUGAUUAAGAGUCGGGGAUCUCUGACUGUUGUGGCAGUCUGUUCGAGACAGGGGCCAAAUUAUUCUGCAAUAUUUUAACUCGCCUUAAUUAUAGAUCAUACUACUUGUACUUGGUUUUUGCUGUUCUUGGUGUGUUUUUUUUUUUGGGGGGGUUUUUUGUAUACUGUUCUUUUUUUGUUUUUUUUAAAGAAGCUAAUUGAGAGCUUCUUGUGAUUGGUAUUUCUGGAUUCUAUUACGUUACACAGAGAUCUCAGCACUGGCUUGCUGAGCUAAUCUGGACAGGAUACACAGUGGGGUCAGCCUGUAUUCAGACUAACGUGUUGUAUCGUAACAAGAUGUUGGAAGGUUCUGGAGUAAAGCCACUAUUUUUGUGUGUUAAGAUUUUUUUUACUUUUAUUAUUUCCAUAUGACACAGGCUCAUCUAGGACUUAACAGUCUUGUUAUUGGAUUUGCUGAUGUGAUUUCUUUUGUCAUGUCCUUGGCCCAUGCUCCUUAGUUUGAAGACAUGUGCAUCCAGAGAGUUAACUCUGUAUGGUUAUAUGUGAAUGGACAGACCAUUUUUUAAAAGAAAUCCUGUUGACUGCCUUGUUUGAGAGAGCUCACAGUUCCCAGAAUGCUCUUGUCUCCUGACUGAGGACCCACAAAGUGAGACACCAAGUCAACAUCAGUGCCUGUGUCAACAUGCAUGCAAGCAUUUACUGUACAAGCGGUUCUGCUCAACAUGGCUUUGGAUCCCCUCAAAAGCUAAGGAGGAAGUUUUCUCUUGAAGAUGUUUUCAUUUAUUUUUGUACAUUUAAGUGUAACACCCCCCUCCCAGGUACAAUUAACUCUAAAAAAAAAAAAAAAA